AUGGGCAACCACUGUUGCCGGGCUCUGCCCUUCUUGACGGGAGGACGGAGAUCCGCCAUGUUGGAUGAUCGCGACUUGGUGGAUUGGCGGGUCCUGGGUCGCGGUGCGGAUGGUACGAGCAGUAGCGUCAGAGGAGAUGACAAUGGCAAUAGUAGUGGCUUGACCAUUAUUUUGAAUUUGCUGGAGACUUCCAAGAUUGAACGAACGACGGCGUGGCUUCGUUCCAAUUCUCAUGUCAUUCGACACGUUCUCAUGGGACGCCCUCGUCGUCCCAACGAUGACGACGAUGCGCAUCACCAGCAACAACCCAAUUGGUCUUCCGAGGCCAUGCGACACCUCUUUGAGGCGAUUGGAGACAUUCCCAAACUAGAAGUUCUGCUCAUGAACGAAGUGGGAAGCGCCGAGAAUCCCAUUCCCAUUCGGUUUCUAUCCCAAGCGCUCGACAAACGUCACUCCUUGCUCAAACAAGCCUACUUAUCCGGCCAUUUCGACGGAAACCUAGCCGACUGUGAACUCUUUGCCAGUCGAAUCUCGCAGCAACCACAACUCCAAUGCUUUGCCCUCUACGGGAAUGCCCAGCGAGAAUUCACACUCGAUCCCAUCCUUCAGGCCGUGGCAGCACUACCAACCCUCCGCGAUUUGCACUUUCACGCCAACAUGCCACACCCCAUCACAUCGGACACGGUCCUCCAAGUAGCACGCAUUGCGCAAUUGGAAAAAUUGACCAUUCACAGUUGUGACAUUACCGGCGACAACAUGGCCACGUUGGCGACGACACUGGUAGGCACUGCCACUUGUUGUUUGCGAGAAUUGACAGUCUUUGAAGCAUUUGCCCCCAAUUUUGCACAACAACAACAAUUACCCAUUUCCAAUCAUGCCUCUCUCGAGGCAUUGACAUAUCUACUAAAGCACAGUCCAUCACUCCGCAAGGUCCAAAUCUGGUUUGGAUUUGCCGCGGACAGUCAGAUUCUCAUUCCCUUUGCGACACAGUCGUUGACCCACAAUCCGCGCAUUACCCAUUUCAACACGGCAUUGCUGUGGACCCCAAAGUACUACGAUGAAGAUGUCGUCGAGACAUUUGUGACAAUGUUGGCACACCACAAUACAUCCUUGCAACAUUUGCGGCUCUACAAGUACACGGGACGGUGGCGGCUGGCGCUCUACUUUUACAUUCGCCUCAAUCAAACGGGACGGCGGGCAUUUGUCAAUACGUGCGAACAAAUGACAACCGCGGAAUGGAUUGACACGGUAUUGACGGCCAUUCCGCCAUUGGUGGCAUCACCCUCCGACCCAGCAGACGACAACCAUAACGACACGAGUUUUCUGGAACAAGAACUACUAGACGGGGACGACUGGUUUCAACUCUCGUGGAUCUAUUACUACAUGAGAUUGCAACCGUCCAUUAUUGAGACAGCAGUGGCUACCGCCAAAUCGUGA